CGGCCAAAACAGCCAUGCCCCCCCCGCCGUCGUACGGACAGGAGCUUCUUACAAGAAUUACUCAUAUAUGCAGUCAGCACCGCUUUCAGUUGCCUGGUCCUUUUCGCCGGCCUCAAACAACUCAACCCACAUCGCGAUUCCUCCAAGAAAUCCGUUGAAAACAAAAAUGCAAUCUCCAAACGCCUCGGCCGCCCCCUCAUCCACACUGACCCUUACGAGGAUGUGAUGGUUGGUGAUGUGGUGAACCCAGAUCACAUAGACGUUGAAUUUGAAUCUGUCUGUGGGUUUGAUAGAAUCAAAGAAGCUUUGUAUGAGUUGGUUAUUCUUCCUCUUAGAAGGCCCGAGCCUUUUGCUUAUGGCAAGCUUUUGGAUCCCCAAAAAGGGGUGCUUUUGUACGGACCACCGGGGACAGGAAAAACCAUGCUUGCCAAAGUCAUUGCCAAAGAAUUUGGGGUUGUCUUUAUCAAUGUUAGAGUCUCGAAUUUGAUGAGUAAAUGGUUUGGCGACGCCCAAAAACUAGUGAAUGCCAUCCUUCGUUUGGCUUAUAAGCUGCAGCCAGCUAUUAUAUUCAUUGAUGAAGUGGAUAGUCUUCUUGGUCAACGACGAGCCACGGAUCAGGAUACAAUGGCUAUUAUGAAAACUGAGUUCAUGACCUUGUGGGAUGGUUUUUCCACCGAUCGCGAGUGUUCUUGUUUAUUUCCUUAAUUGCAAACUAAUUUUCAAUC